ACAAAGAUUUUAUUAAUUGAGUCUUUGUCUCACUAAACAGAUCUUCCUAUGCUCCCUGCAUCGCUACCAGGAAUUUGUGGCGGCACGAUGACUUUGACCGAUUCUAGAUCUUCCAUUAGCUUCUCUUCUCUUAUCUACGACAACGGCGAAUCGUCCGCAUCAUCGUUUGCAGCUGAAUGCACCAUGCACAUUAACAGUCAGUCGGGUCAGGAUGUCCAGGCAGUUCUGGAUGAUAUCCAGUUGAUCAAUGAGUACGUGCGAAUCUACGACCAUCCUUCAUCAAGCGAUACAGAGUUCUUGGUGACUACCUUAUACAGCACUGAACAGGCAAGGGCAACUGUGUUUUCAUCACAAGGCGGGCUGACCCUUGUGUAUUCUGCAAAUCAACUAACAUCGCAUGGUCGAGGGUUCCGGGCUGAAGUCAGUAUCUUGGAUGGUAUUCCAUAUGAAAGUGACGGACUCUGCGGGGGCGUUCUCUCUCUGUCGGAUUCUACACCAAACCAUACCUUCACCACUCCCCUUUACAAUAAUCCAUCAAUGGACAACGUUGAAAUCGAUUUCACACUCCACAUCCUGUCCCCCGAAGGAAAGCAGGUGCAACUGAUGUUCCUUGAUAUUUCGACAACCACGAGUGAGACUAUUUCAGUCUAUGAUUACCCACAAUCCUCUUCGCAGCGUUCCACCUAUAUCUCCGGAUCGGUCAAUGUCGAGGUGAUAGUCUAUUCAUCCGCUAAUGGACUGACUGUCGUCUAUCUGGAUAGCUCUGAUAAAUACAACGGCCGCGGUUUCAAAGCAGUUGCUAGCGUCAUUGAUGUGUCACCAUGGACUUUUCCGAGUUUUGCUGGUGGAACUAUCGAUUUGAUUGAAUCAAGACCGAAUGCGACCUUCUACACUCCUUUCUACUUCCCAUCGUCGAAUAAUGACGUGACCCUUGAUAUUCUAUUCCACAUCUUGUCUCCGGCGGGUAGCCAAGUCCUACUUUCCUUUAUUGAUAUUGCUACAACCUCGAACGAGAAGAUUUCUGUCUACGACCAUCCGUUUUCCAUGUCUACAGAGUAUAGGGUAGCUUAUAUCUACGGCCUACUCGACACAGGUGCCGCUUUUUUCUCAACGCAAGGUGGUUUUACAGUAGUGUACGAUGACAGCAGUAGCUCAAGCAAUGGUCCAGGAUUCCGUGCCGUAGCGAGAAUAUUAGAUAUCGUUCCUUCCGGUCAGUCAGCACUUUGUGGUGGAACUGUAGUGCUUGACCAAACAACACCUAAACUCAAUUUCUCGUCACCCCUGUAUGAUAGUCCAUCCUUUGUAGAUGUCCACGUCGACUGUAGAAUUCAUAUUACAAGCCCUGAAGGGAAGCAGGUACGACUUAACUUUAUUUACAUCUAUACAACUAUUAGUGAAAGUAUCUCUGUUUACGACCAUCCAUAUUUGUUGACAUCCCGUGUAGCCUUCUUCGUAGGGACCCUUACAGCGCCCUCAGCGGUGUACUCGUCUUCUGGAGGGUUAACCAUCACCUACGACGAUGGAAACGAUCUGUUCAACGGGCCCGGAUAUCUAGCUGAAGCAAGCGUUCUAGAUGGCCUUCCCGCCAAUGAGACUGGAUUCUGCGGCGGAACUAUGACUUUUACUGCGGAUUCACCAGUAGUCACCUUUGCCACGCCUAUGUAUGAUGAUCCCUCUACUUCCGAUAUCAACAUGGACUGCACCAUGCACUUUGUUGCUCCAUCUGGCAGUCAUAUCCAGCUCAUCUUCUCCAACUUUGUUACAACAACCUCAGAAGAGCUUGUUGUCUAUGACCAUCCUUCUAGUCAAUCAGCAAAUGCCGAAACAUCGCACCUUUGGGGACCUUUGAACUCCAGAGUUGCCUUCCUCUCGAGUCAAGAAGGAUUAACUCUCAAUUACAUAGACGGGAGUAACUCAUUCAAUGGACCCGGUUUUAAAGCCGAGGUUCGGCUUUUAGGUAGUGUAUGCAACGGUUCAUGA